AUGUGCUCCGUCGUCCUCGAGGUCCUAUACGCUCCUGGUCCACCCCAAGCUCAAAAUAAACCGGCUCUGCGAGCCCACUAUCUGAUUAAUAGCCAAUUGAAUCUGUCAGGCGUGCAACACGAACCUGGUCCUCAAUUCGUGAUUCCAGCCACUAACUCGCACGUGUGUCAUCUUGGUACACGAAUCUCUGUCGCCCAAUCGUCGAUUACGUUAGAGUUCUUCAAGCGCAGUUUUUCAUUCUUCAUUCAUAUAUUACGCUUGAAGGAUAUCAAAAACGUGCAUCUAAAAGUUGACUUAUCAGCAUGA